GGGUUCGAGGUAGCGGGGAAACGAAGGCUGUGUAUGAACCAGGAAGCGGGGCUGCAGGUCUUCCGGCGCAGAAGAAUUUGCGAUUACGGCGGCCGCGCAGGCCCGUCCCAUUCCGGCUCAGCGUUCCUAGCUGCGGUCGGUGUGCGCCCCGCCCUGGUUAGUGUGGAGCCGGCCGGCCAGGCCUGCGCAGUUGCUGCGGUGGGGGAAGAUGGUGGAGGACGGUGCGGAGGAGCUUGAGGACUUGGUGCACUUCUCCGUGUCGGAGUUGCCUAGUCGCGGCUACGGCGUCAUGGAAGAGAUCCGGCGACAGGGCAAGCUGUGCGACGUGACGCUCAAGAUCGGGGACCACAAAUUCAGUGCUCACCGGAUCGUCUUAGCAGCCUCAAUCCCGUACUUCCAUGCCAUGUUUACAAAUGAUAUGAUGGAGUGCAAGCAGGAUGAGAUUGUAAUGCAAGGAAUGGAUCCAAGUGCCCUGGAGGCUCUGAUCAACUUUGCUUAUAACGGCAACCUUGCCAUUGACCAGCAAAAUGUCCAGUCAUUGCUCAUGGGGGCGAGUUUCCUGCAGCUGCAAAGCAUCAAAGACGCCUGCUGCACAUUCCUUAGAGAACGGCUUCACCCAAAAAAUUGCCUGGGUGUGCGCCAGUUUGCAGAGACAAUGAUGUGUGCCGUGCUGUACAACGCAGCCAACAGCUUCAUCCACCAGCACUUUGUGGAGGUGUCCAUGUCGGAAGAGUUCCUAGCCCUGCCCUUGGAGGAUGUGCUCGAGCUCCUGUCCCGGGAUGAGCUGAAUGUAAAGUCAGAGGAACAGGUCUUUGAAGCUGCAUUGGCCUGGGUCAGAUAUGACCGGGAACAGAGGGGGCCCUGCCUGCCAGAGCUGCUGUCCAAUAUUCGCCUGCCUCUCUGCCGGCCCCAGUUCCUGUCAGAUCGAGUGCAGCAAGAUGACCUGGUGCGUUGCUGCCACAAGUGCAGGGACCUUGUAGAUGAAGCGAAGGACUAUCACCUCAUGCCAGAGCGCCGGCCGCACCUACCCGCUUUCAGAACUCGGCCUCGCUGCUGCACAUCCAUCGCUGGGCUUAUCUACGCUGUGGGAGGCCUCAACUCAGCAGCAAAUUUUUAUGCAGGUGAUUCCCUGAAUGUGGUGGAAGUAUUCGAUCCCGUCGCCAAUCGCUGGGAGAAGUGCCAUCCCAUGACAACAGCCCGCAGCCGGGUGGGUGUGGCUGUGGUGAACGGGCUUCUCUAUGCCAUCGGGGGAUAUGACGGCCAGCUACGGCUGAGCACUGUGGAGGCCUACAACCCAGAGACGGACACAUGGACGAGAGUGGGGAGCAUGAAUAGCAAGAGAAGUGCCAUGGGGACAGUUGUGCUGGACGGGCAGAUCUACGUCUGUGGAGGCUACGAUGGCAACUCUUCCCUCAACUCUGUGGAGACCUACUCACCUGAGACAGACAAGUGGACAGUGGUGACCUCGAUGAGCUCAAACCGCAGUGCUGCUGGGGUUACGAUCUUUGAGGGCAGGAUAUAUGUUUCGGGCGGCCAUGACGGUUUGCAGAUCUUCAACAGUGUGGAGCAUUACAACCAUCACACAGCCACCUGGCACCCAGCAGCUGGCAUGCUUAACAAGCGCUGUCGACAUGGCGCUGCCUCCCUGGGAAGCAAGAUGUUUGUCUGUGGAGGCUACGAUGGCUCUGGCUUCCUCAGCAUCACCGAGAUGUACAGCUCUGUGGCAGAUCAGUGGUGCCUAAUGGUACCCAUGCACACACGGAGAAGCCGGGUCUCCCUUGUGGCCAGCUGUGGGCGCCUGUAUGCUGUAGGGGGCUAUGAUGGGCAGUCGAACCUAAGCUCAGUGGAGAUGUAUGACCCAGAGACGGACCGCUGGACAUUCAUGGCCCCUAUGGCAUGCCAUGAGGGAGGGGUUGGUGUGGGCUGCAUCCCUCUUCUCACCAUCUAAGACAGAGGAUGGGAUAUGGUGGGGAAGGGACCUGGUACAAACAUGGGCGCUUCCUUCCAGGGACAAUCCCUCUCAGGAGAGGUUGUGGACCAGAAGAUGGGGUGAAAUAUGAGUUUACCAGAGGUACAGUUUUUACAGGUGCUUUAGUCCUCCCUCACUGUGCAGCCCUUGUGACCCUGAGUCAUCAAGACGUACAGCACAGGACAGAAGCCCCUCUGGGUCCCACAGCCAGUGACACAGAACUGCUUUGCUGGUCCACACAUCCACAGGCUCCAUCCAAGCCCAGCUCGCUCCCACCACAGGUCAGCGAGCCGCCCAUUUGCCGAAGGUCUUCCAUCUGAUGCUCCUCACCUGCUUGUUCUGCCAUUUUGUGGCCAGUUUGCCAGGGAAGGCUGCAGCGGCCAGGGCUGUUGAAAACUGUGGGGUCUAGCUGGGAGAGAAAGGACACACCCAAGUGUUCUUAUUGCCUGCGAUGGUGCAACUACAGCAGCGUGCUCGUGGCACACAAGCAUGCUUCUUCCUCCACCGUAGUGCACCGAGGAUUUCAUCCUUGUCUCUGGGUAAGCAAGGAGGACAGAAGUCUUUCCCAUGUCUAAUUUUGGGAUUUCAAUGAGAUCUUUUUCAUCUUGCCCAAGAGAAUCAGAAGGGAAAAUGAUACUUGAAAGAAACUGAAGGAAAUUUAAUCAAAGAAACACUUGAAAGAAACUGGAAAUAAAAUACCUUUUUUUUUUUUU